GGAUGGCCGCCGACCGCGGCGAGCUCGCGCUGGCCGAGGACGCCGGCGCGGCGGGCCCCGCGAGGGCGUCCGGCCAGCAGGUGCUGAACACCCCGAGGACGCGCGAGGCGUGCCGAAGGCUUGGCCUCGUCUUGGAGGACCUGCAAUACAGAGAGAAAUGCGAGUUCGCCCUGCCUGGCGACAUCAAGGAGAAGCAGCAGCUCCGCUUCGAGCACCACGAGAAACGCCGCAAGAAGUGGCUCGGGGAUGUCCUGGCGGAGCGCGCCAAAGUGAUCGCGCAGGACGCCCAGAAGGGGAACGCGCCCGGGGUGCAGAGCGGCCAGUUCCUGUGCAUGCUGGAGUCCCUCUUCGAUAAGGAGGCCAAGCGCCUGGAGGCGGAUCUGAAGGGGCAGCUGCGUCAGCACAGCUCGCUGGUCAAGGAGAACGAGGAGCAGCUGAAGAAGGAGAGCCAGUUGCAGGCCAAGUUGAUGGAGAUUGAGAGGAAGAAGGCUGCCGCCAUCGAGCACGCCCAGGCGAACGAGGAGGAGAAUGAGGAGGUGGAGGAGGAGGAGGAGGAGGAGGCGUCAGCUUCGGGCCCGAGCGGGCCUAGGGCUAAGCGCGUCGCCCUUGGGUGGGCAGUCCUUGCAAGGGAGGAGCGCCUGGAGAAGUUCCGGGAGGAAAUGGUGCAGAACUGCAGCGACCAGACCAGCUUGUUCAGGGCCAGGGUGGAGUCGAUGAAGGAGAAGCGCGACGAGAUGCGCAACGAGCGCAUCCAGGCGAGCGAGGAGAGGCUGCGCGAGAUGGACCGGAGGAUGCUCGAGGUGGAGGCUCGCCGCGCGGAGGACGCGAAGCUGCGCCAGGUGCGCAGCGAGGAACAGCACCUCCACCUCAUGGACGUGCGGGAAUCCAAGAACCGCAUCGAGCGCGUCGAAGGCUACAGGCGCGACGAGCUCCGCGGCCAGGUGGAGGGCAACAUCGAGCGCAUCGAGACGCUCCUGGCGCUGAAAGACCAGCUGAUCGACCAGCGCAAGGCCCGCAAUAUGAAGCAGGACGCCACGAAGGGCUCCCGCGGCCUCAACCUGCGGCGGGACUGCCUCCCAGGCCCCGGGCAGUACGAGGCCCCGCAGAGCACUCUGCUGGACGCCAAGACGGGGAAGAUCGGCAAGGAGGCCCGCGUGGGCAUUCCAGACGAGAGGUGUGAGGCGAACAAGUACAACCCUCCGCCCGGGUACUACGACGUGAAGGUGCUGGCCAACGGGAAGUCCGUCGAGACGACGUCCAAGCCGCUGAAGUUCAGCGACCGCCAGCGCGAGUCCUACCUGGACCAGGCCAUCAGGGACAAGUCGGCCGUCCCGGCGCCCGGGGCGUACGAGAAGAAGGCGGCGCUGGAGCGGAGGGGCGCCGUCAUUAUGCGGGACAAGAUCCAGGACCAGGGCCUGGACAAGUACUCCGCCAAGAGGCUCCCCGCCUGGCAGAGACCGGCCACGGAGACGCCAGGGCCUGCAGGGUACAACACGGACGCUUACCUGCGGAAGGAGGUGCUCCGCCGCGCCCAGCGCUCGCUGCCAGACCUGACCCGCGACAUGCUGAGCGGGCCGCCGGUGGCGAUGAAGAGCCGGUAA